AUGGCAGAUGCUACUGAGAAGUGGCAAAUACCACCUGAAAAAGCUACCCAAAAUGAGGUGGAGGUACAAAUUAGAAAACAAACUUCCCUAAAAAUAGAAAAUCAGGCAAGUGAAGCAUUAAAAUUAACAACACUGGAUGAAAAUAGGAAACCGGAGGCAAGCACAUACCAGUCACCAAUCAACGAAGACCCUAACUACGGAUUACCAAAAUCUAUCAACGAACUUAAUAGACACCUUAAAUUUGAAAUCAGCAAAAUGCACGAGCUUCAAAUUAGCAUGGAAACUGAACACGAGAACAAAUUAGCUAAGGAAAUCAGAGAUGUUUAUUGCCAGCUUUCAAAAAUUAAGAGAACACAGGCAAUAAUCCUGGCGCAAACAAACGGAAUAUUAGCAGCCGCCGCCUUAGGAUUACCAGUAUGCAGUCGACUGUAUGGUUUUGGACAAGCCAUGACCCUACAGCAAUGCGAACCAAAAAGAAUAUUACUAACUGCCAACGAAACAAAAUGUGGAUUCCAACCUUUUUUUAAUUAUGGAACAAGCGACUGCACAAUUGGAACCGAUGGAUGGUCAAUCCACCCGUACUCUGAGUGUUUUUGGAAAUCACAACUUGUAAACAUCAAUGGAUACCCUCAUGCUUGGGAGCACAACGAAACAAACGGUGAUUGGGUUAGACAGGAAGCCACCAUACACACACCGAAUUUGGACCUGAUCGCCGAAUUUGAAGAACUUCACUUAAACGACUUUGAUUUCGCCCUCAAGAGCCAUUCGGCCCAUGAUACAAUGGAGAUGGAACAACUAAAUAUACUGAAUGACUUAGUAGGAAGGUUACAAGAAGGAGAAACAAAAUCUCUAUCAAAUAUCAUCGUGACCGAAGAACAAGAUAAUCAAAUUGGGAAUAUGUUUUCUUGGUUCGACACACUUAAAAUUAUGGGAUUAUCUGUAAUAGGAUUUAUACUCUUCCUGAUAUGCCUACGAAUCUUCAUAGUUUGCAACCUUUUCCCACGAAUCAUGCAUCAAGUAGAGAAGAGAAGAAAAAUACGAGAAGCAGAUAAAAUUAAAGACCGACAGGAAAUGGAUUCAAUGCUACCGGAAGGCGUAGAGGAACAGCCCUUCACACGAGAAUUUGCGCCACUACCACUAAUGGCUUCUUCCUCACAAGAUAAAGAAACAGCAAUUAAAAUAAGGAAACCAAGUGCACCCAGAACGGAAAAUUUAUACCCCCAAUGGCGGAAUUAA